AUGAAGAUCCGCUACAAGGCACCCAAAGGUGGUGGCACCUUGGAGUUUGAUGACGAUGCCACUGUAAACCAACUUUUCGCGACCCUCAAGUCCACCACUGGCUACGCUGACGUCACUAUCAAAUAUUCCUGGCCGCCCAAAGCCUUGGAUUCCGAUCAAGGUGACACUACCUUACAGUCUUUAGGCUUACAGCGAGAGAGCCUUACCAUUGUGCCUGCCGAAGAUGCUUCCGCCACAGCCGCAGAGCCACCCCAAGCAGCCCAGCAGCCUACUACAUCACCCGAUGCGCUUCCCAGUCUCCAGUCAUUCGAGGGUCAAGGCAAGACCAAGUCCAAGAGCAUCAUAGAUCAAAACAUCAGUGUUCCCAUGCCUGAGACUGGCUCAAACCUAGUUCUCCGAGUCAUGCCUGACGACAAUAGUUGCCUCUUUACAGCCGUCGGCGGCGCCCUCCGCGGCUUGCGCACUGCUCCCGACGAGUUCUACAGCGCCGACUCCCUGCGCCGUCUUAUCGUAGAUCACAUCCGCAACAACCCUGAAAAAUUCAGCGCGGCGAUCCUAGGCAAGAGUCCCGAAGCGUAUUGUCGCAACAUGCUGCGCCCAGACGUAUGGGGCGGUGAGAUUGAGCUGGCCGUCAUCUCGGACGUGUUUGCCAUCGAGAUCGUCGUCGUCAAUGUCAAGGACGGCCACGUCUACCGCAUCGGCGAGAAUAACGGUUACAACAUGCGCUGUGUCCUUGUGUACUCCAACGUCCACUACGACCGCAUCGCCGAGAUUUUCGUCGAAGGCCAGGCGGCCAUGGAGUUCGAUAUCACUCGUUGGGCUGUCGAUGGUAGCGACCACGUCAUUCAGCACACCAUCCAGAUGUGCAAGAAACUCAAGGAAGAGUACCACUACUACACCGAUACUUCCGACUUUGUCAUCACCUGCAACCAAUGCGGUUGGGUUGGCCAGGGCCAAAAGGCUCUCGCGGAGCAUUCGUUAAGUACUGGCCAUACAGACAUUAGCGAGAUUAAAGAUCAAUGA